UCGCAGCCUGUGUGUGUGUGUGUGUGUGCGCGCGCAUGUGAAAUACAAGAUGAAGAUGUAAUGUGAUGAUUAUGAUGAUGAAAUGUGAUCAUUAUAAUGGUUAUUCGAGUUGUUUACUUGCACUACUGUACAAGCUAAAUCACGCCGUCCUUUUUCAUUCUAUAGAUGUCUUCAAGAAUACAUUGAGUAUUAAAAAAUUGUCAAAGUGUUAAAACUUAUGCGCAUCAAUACUGCGCUUGUGGGCGCGGCGCUCAAAACUGGACACAAAAUGGCGGUUUAAACCAAGGACAAAGAUGGAGGAGUUUUUACAAGCUAUACGACAUGAGAACGACGUUGUUUUCCUCAUUUUCGUUCUUUGUACACUUCCCCCAUUUGGAAAAGCUUGUGGCCAGAGUGAAUAUGAAUCAGCUGUUGGAGAGUGUUGCCCAAUGUGCAAUAUUGGAUCAAUAGUUCGCAGUGACUGUAGUGGUGAUUUGAGCACCACAUGCAAACCCUGCGCUCCAGGAACAUUCAUUAGUGAGCCUAAUGGUCUUCAUAACUGUUUUACAUGCAGAAACUGUGUUGAAAGUCAAGGCCUUUACAUCCAGCAUAAAUGCAGUACAAUACAAGACACCGUCUGUGAUGUAAUUGAUGGAUAUUAUUGCAUUGAUUACUCAAAUUCACAGUGCAGUCAUGCUCAAAAACACAGUGUUUGUAUACCUGGACAAGAAACAAAAAUACCAGGGACAAAAACUUCAGAUACCGUAUGUGUGGACUGCCCUCGUGGGUUUUAUUCUCAAUCUGGGCUGAACUGCACGAAAUGGACAGAUUGUUCAGCUAGGAAUAAAAUAGAGACAGAGCAUGGCAGUUCUGUUAAAGAUGUCACAUGCUCACCGAAAGGACGGGAAAGAUAUGGUUUCAUAUUUGCAGUAGUUUUAGCAGCAGCAUUCUACAUAAUUCUGUGCUGUGCCCCACUGAGCACAAGUUGUAAACUUAAACAUCCUGUUGAAGAAACAAACCCUACGAAAACAGCACAACCCAAUCACAACACACCGGAGGACCACCGUGAGGGACAAGUUGUUUCCCAAGAAUCUGUCACCCCAUCUGGUGGUUCUCUAGCAGACCACUUAUAAUAGGAAUGUGACAUUGCAUUCUUCUCCGUGUGCUGUGACCUUGACGUGGUGGAGAAGCUGGAGGUCCUCUAGAACUUUAGGAAACUGCAAGAGCAGGUUUAACCAUGCCAGUGUAAUUGCAUCUAGAAGGACAAACUAACAACAGCAAACUUUUAGUACAACCAAUAGAUUGCACGACAACCAAUAGACUGCAAGAGGACCAACUACUUAUAGGGAGAACAGAGGUAAUACACACUUUUUUCACGGACUGUUUACCAGGGUUGUAUUUUGAUGUCAAUGUCUUCACUAUAAAAAGUGAUUAAUGAAACAGCUAAAAUGGAAAAGGUCAGAUACACAUACAAAUAUCAAUUUACACAUCAGCCUCUAUUGUACAAAAUGGCAAAAAAUACUACAAUUAUUAUUAAAACUUUUGUAACAGAAUAUUCACACAAUUUUUCUUCCAUGUAUUUUAACAGUAAACCUCUGUUUGUUUGGCAAAAAAUAAAAGUUUAAUAUUCAUUUUAUUAAAGGUAAAUAUUUGUUUAAUGACUUCAUUUGAUUAUCAGAAAAAUUAAAACACACAAGAAAAAAAGAAAAGAAAAAGAUUGUAGGGCCCUAAUGUUCAAAAUGUUGAAAUGGAGAUUUUUGGACUUAUUUUUUGGGGGUCAGUACUGAACCGACCCCCAAAGCCUGUGCUAUAAAUUUAUUAUAAUGUGUAUGAUAACUGCCCUUAAGCAUUAAUUUCAAUUCUGUAUGUUUUUGUUCACUUUUUUAGGGAUUAUAUUAUAUGUCCUGUAGUGUUACACCAUAUGUCUGUGCACUAUAUCUAACUAUCUAAUGUUGUGGUCUGUUCCAGAAUUAAACAAAAACUGGCCCUAAAUAUUUAAGAAAAAAUUAUACAAUACAGUGACAAUACAGUGGCCACAUACAGUUAAAGCAUUAGGUCAACCUAUAGUUGAUCAUCUAUCAAGCUGAGAAACAAGCUGAAUCAAGUUUGAGCUGGUAUUUAAAACUACAACUGUUCAUCUGGAUGUUGACAUUUUUCAGAAUGAGGCUACUGUGCAGUCAUUAGCUGUCUUUAUUGUCCAGGAUAAAGCAAGGUUUGUAUUGCAGUGCAAAAUCUCCAAAGAAAUGGCAUCACCGUGUUAAGCGAUGUCCUAAUGAUUAAUCAUUUGGUGCUACCGUAGGCUUGGAUGAUCAAGUUCAAUCUAAUGUACAUGUGUAACAAAUGUUUUUAUAUGCAGAAACUCUUUUGUAAGAAUUUUUGUAUUUUUUAAAUGAUUUUUUUAUGAGUAACAACAAAAGUUUUUUAUAAAGCAUUCUCAUUUUAUUGUAGCAUAAAUCGUGAUGAAGUAUUGCAGGAUUGCAGAAAUUUUUCAUACAGUAAUUUGCCUGUAUUAACCACACUACAUGUUUGUACAAAUGCUUGCAGUGUCCUAAUCAUACAAAUAAAAUGGUCAUGGAGAAUCAA